UUUUUUUUUGCAGCUUCAAGAUAGCUACACGAGCAGUCGACUUAAAUGAGUAAUUUGAUCUUGCAAAGUUUCACAAAAAACAAGCAUAUCAUCUGCAAACAAUAGAUAGGAAACCUUCACCUCCUUUGCCAUACCUUCCCUUGGCUUGAAUCCCAUCAAAUAAUCACUCUCUCUUGCCCCCACCAAGAGACAACUAAGUGUUUCCAUACAAAUAAAUAAGGAGAAAGAGGUCCCGAUGUCUUAUAGCUUUACCUUUAGAGUUUUGUCUUAUAGCUUUACCUUUAGAGUUUUGUAAAAAGAGUGAGGGAUGCCAUUAAUUAGCAUGGGAAAUUUUGUUGUAGUAAUGUACCAUUUAGUCGAUCCAACCCAUUUUUUGGCCGAACUCUUUUCAAGAAUAGCUAGCAAGAUUCCCCAUUAUCUGGAGCUAUUACCCAUCAAUGCCUCAAUUUACAGGUUGCCGAAUUUAGUAGCGGAAUUGAUAAUGUAAGGGUUUCAUAGGGCUCUUGGAUGGUUUUACAUUCAAUUUUUUUUUUCCCAUGCACUAUGAUUAGCUGGAUAACAGACAGCUGCUGGAUCUGGAUGACUUCGAAGAAUUUGUAAUGUCUUGCUGUGUUUUCAGUAGUCGGACUAAACACAAACCUUUGUGUUAGUGAUUUAUUAUUGACACUAUAUAUUUUGUGUCUUCCCUAACUUCAGAUAAUUGUUAUUGGAAUUUAUUCUUUUGAUGUGGGGUAAUGCACUCCCCUGAAUGGGAAGUGAAACUAAUUUGAUUGAAAGAGGAAGGGCAGUUGAUAGUCAAGCUAAUUUUGGUUCUUUUUAUCUUGUUCUCUUUUUGACUUCCAGGGACUCAUGCAAUUUUGUUCUUUCAUUUGGAAUUUAUGAGUAACAAAACUCACCUGCCGCCCCAAAACCCUAAAAUGGUUAGGGCUAAACGGUUGAAUGAAGAAAUAAUUUGUUGCUAUUUUGGCAAGGAUUUUGAAGAAUUUUCGGGAGCUUCUUAGAUGUUCUUUUAACUAAAUAUUUCACAUGAAGAAUGUGAUCGUAACCCUACUAUCUCCCUAAUUGUUGUUGCUAAUGAGCAUGAUAUAUAUAUAUUAUGAAUGCAAUGUUUUUGUUCAACAUGAUAUCGGGUGUGUGGUUUGUGUAUGGGUAAAAUUUAUUAAGAGUAUGUUUGAUAAUGAUUUUAGGAAGUAUUUUUAUUAUUUAUAAUAUCAAAAGAUACAAAUUUUUAAAUAUUAAAAAUUAUCUUUUAAAAUCAUUAUCAAACAUAUUCUAAAUUCAAAAUGGCUAAUGGCGGUUGUUUUCACUUUUCACACUUUUCAUAUGCCGGAUAUAUCUCUCCACGGAAGGGAGGAGAGGCGAGAGUACCUCCCUCCGUUUCUCUCACCCAAUGUUUUGAAUAUAAAUUCAAGUAAGUUAAAAGACUUUAAAUUUGAGAUGUAUUAGUUUGGUAGGGCAUCUAUUAUAUGAUUUUAUUUUUUAAAUAUAUUACUUUUGCUCAAACAUCCCUUAUUUUUUAAAUAUUUUAUUUUAACCUGGGGUCGUACUACUCCACUUUGUGCGUUGAAUUCUAAUCCUUAGAAAAAUGAAAAAUCAACCCCGUCAUGACAAUGAAUUAGCAGGUAUUAUUGUUUAUUAUGUUUCUAUAAUAUCCAAUAUUUUUAAAUAUUACUUGGUUGAAAAAAAAAUAAAAAAAUAAAUAAUAUCUCAACUUUAAGCUCCAUUCUAACCCUACUAAUUAUGGGAAUGGUUCCUAUUUAUGGCUCACUUCAGCGCUGCUGUAGGCCCAUUACAUGCUCUCAACUAUCUUCGCCGAAAACUUCGGAUAAGGAUAAUUUUGUCUUUUCAUCCCCGUAAAAAAAUCUUUAUUUCCCGCCUCCCCAAACCCCUAUGCGCAGUGCGCUAAAUCACAGUCACAUCCAGCCAUCCAAUGCGUUGAAAUCGACGGACAGAGAUUGCGAUCCGCGUGACUCUACUUGAUUGGCUGAUACUUCACCGAUGCGCCUAUAUAAUAAAGGUCUCCACAGUGCACUUUCCAUCGAAACACCUAAUCCUUUCUCUCCUUUUUUCCCCAAGGAUCGCAACUCACAUCCCCUGAAACAACUAUGGCUGGAAGAGGAAAAUCGUUGGGCGCUGGCGCUGCCAAAAAGGCCACUUCCCGGAGUAGCAAGGCCGGUCUCCAAUUCCCCGUUGGUCGUAUCGCCCGCUUCCUCAAAGCUGGCAAGUACGCCGAGCGCGUCGGCGCCGGCGCUCCGGUCUAUCUUGCAGCCGUCCUCGAGUAUCUUGCUGCCGAGGUACUGGAAUUGGCUGGGAACGCAGCGAGAGACAACAAGAAAACCCGUAUUGUGCCUCGCCAUAUUCAACUGGCGGUGAGAAACGACGAAGAGCUCAGCAAAUUGCUCGGGUCGGUCACUAUUGCCAACGGCGGUGUGAUGCCCAACAUUCACAAUCUCUUGUUGCCCAAGAAAUCUAGUUCUUCCAAAGGCGGUGCAGCAGCUGAUGAUGAUAACUGAGCCAAUCGAUUCUCAUGAAGUACAAAACGAGAACAUAGGAGCAGUAGUUAGGAGUUCGCAUUUGAUUUUUAGUGUCUCUUUGGUUUUUUUUUUCCCCUUCUUUUUGGGAUUAGGGUUUCAUUCUUGCCUGUGUAGAUUGGUGAAAAUAGCUUAAGCUGAUGUACUACUUCAAUCAAUCAACGAAAGAAUCGGUAAUUUUCUUCCAA